CUGAUUCCGCAAACGUUGUUACGUAAAUACUUGUUGUAUGCUCGUGAACAUAUCCAUCCGAAACUUGAGCAGAUGCCACAGGAUAAAAUCUCGAAGAUAUUCGCUGAGAUGCGUAAAGAAUCACUCGCUACAGGAUCAGUAGCAAUUACAGUACGACAAGUCGAGUCAAUGAUUCGUUUGUCAGAAGCUCAUGCGAAGAUGCAUUUACGUUCGUAUGUCUCUGAGGAUGAUGUGAAUAUGGCCAUCCGGGUGAUGCUUGAAUCGUUUAUCAGCACACAGAAAGCAUCGAUCAUGCGUCAGAUGACAAAGAACUUCUCGAAAUAUUUGACGGUGAAUCGUGAUAAUAAUGAGUUGUUGCUGUUCGUAUUGAAGCAAUUGAUCAAGGAGCAAAUUCACUUCGAACAAGGACGUCACAAAACUGAUCUGUCAACUGUUGCCGUGCCGGAAAGUGAUCUGGUCGAUCGGGUUUGUAUUUGA